AUGGCGAGCGACAAGCCGGGCCCGGGGCUCGAGCCUCAGCCCCUGGGGCUCAUCGCCGUCGGGGCCGGCGGCGGCGGGAGCAGCGGCGGCGGCGGCGGGGGCAGCGCGCUGGGGGAGCCGCGGGGGGCGCCCGGCCCCGGCCCCGGCCCGGUGGUGCUGCCCGCGGGGAUGAUUAACCCUUCGGUGCCGAUCCGCAACAUCCGGAUGAAAUUCGCCGUGCUGAUCGGACUCAUACAGGUCGGAGAGGUCAGCAACCGGGACAUCGUGGAGACCGUGCUCAACCUGCUGGUCGGCGGGGAGUUCGACCUGGAGAUGAACUUCAUCAUCCAGGACGCGGAGAGCAUCACGUGCAUGGCGGAGCUCCUGGAGCACUGCCACGUGACCUGCCAGGCCGAGGUCUGGAGCAUGUUCACCGCCGUCCUGCGGAAGAGCGUGCGCAACUUGCAGACCAGCACGGAAGUUGGGCUGAUUGAACAAGUGUUGCUGAAAAUGAGCGCUGUCGAUGACAUGAUCGCAGAUCUUCUAGUUGAUAUGUUGGGGGUUCUUGCCAGCUACAGCAUCACUGUCAAGGAGUUGAAGCUUUUGUUCAGCAUGCUUCGAGGAGAAAGUGGAAUCUGGCCAAGACAUGCAGUAAAAUUAUUAUCAGUUCUUAAUCAGAUGCCACAAAGACAUGGUCCUGAUACUUUUUUCAAUUUCCCCGGUUGUAGUGCUGCGGCAAUUGCAUUGCCUCCUAUUGCAAAGUGGCCUUAUCAGAAUGGCUUCACCCUAAACACUUGGUUUCGUAUGGAUCCAUUAAACAACAUUAAUGUUGAUAAGGACAAACCUUAUCUUUAUUGUUUUCGUACUAGCAAAGGAGUUGGCUACUCUGCUCAUUUUGUUGGGAACUGUCUAAUAGUCACAUCCCUGAAGUCCAAAGGCAAAGGUUUCCAGCACUGUGUGAAAUACGAUUUUCAACCGCGCAAGUGGUACAUGAUCAGCAUUGUCCACAUAUACAAUCGAUGGAGGAACAGUGAAAUCCGAUGUUACGUCAAUGGACAGCUUGUGUCCUAUGGUGAUAUGGCUUGGCAUGUGAACACAAAUGAUAGCUAUGACAAGUGCUUCCUGGGGUCCUCGGAGACCGCCGACGCCAACAGGGUGUUCUGUGGCCAGCUGGGGGCCGUGUACGUGUUCAGCGAAGCGCUCAACCCUGCGCAGAUAUUUGCCGUUCAUCAGCUAGGGCCUGGAUACAAGAGCACCUUCAAGUUUAAAUCUGAGAGUGAUAUUCAUUUGGCAGAACAUCAUAAACAGGUUCUGUACGAUGGGAAACUUGCAAGUAGCAUCGCGUUCACCUAUAAUGCCAAGGCCACGGACGCGCAGCUGUGCCUGGAGUCCUCCCCGAAGGAAAACGCGUCCAUCUUCGUGCACUCCCCGCACGCCCUGAUGCUGCAGGAUGUGAAAGCUAUAGUAACACAUUCGAUCCAUAGUGCGAUCCAUUCGAUUGGCGGGAUCCAAGUGCUUUUCCCACUCUUUGCCCAGCUGGACAAUCGGCAGCUCAACGACAGUCAGGUGGAGACGACUGUCUGUGCUACUCUUUUGGCAUUCCUGGUUGAACUACUUAAAAGCUCCGUAGCCAUGCAGGAGCAGAUGCUGGGCGGAAAAGGCUUUCUGGUCAUUGGCUACUUACUUGAAAAGUCCUCGCGGGCUCACAUCACCAGGGCAGUGCUGGAGCAGUUCCUGUCCUUUGCCAAGUACCUGGACGGCCUGGCUCACGGGGCGCCGCUGCUGAAGCAGCUGUGCGACCACAUCUUGUUCAACCCAGCCAUCUGGGUGCACACACCCGCAAAGGUUCAGCUUUCUCUAUAUACUUAUUUGUCUGCUGAAUUCAUUGGAACUGCUACCAUUUACACCACCAUACGAAGAGUAGGAACAGUAUUACAGCUAAUGCACACAUUAAAAUAUUAUUACUGGGUCAUUAAUCCUGCUGACAGUAGUGGCAUUACACCUAAAGGAUUGGAUGGUCCACGGCCAUCACAAAAAGAAAUUAUAUCACUACGGGCAUUUAUGCUACUUUUUCUGAAACAGCUCAUAUUGAAGGAUAGAGGCGUCAAAGAAGAUGAACUUCAGAGUAUAUUAAAUUACCUACUUACAAUGCAUGAGGAUGAAAAUAUUCAUGAUGUGUUACAGUUACUAGUGGCUUUAAUGUCAGAGCAUCCAGCUUCGAUGAUACCAGCAUUUGAUCAAAGAAAUGGAAUAAGGGUAAUCUACAAAUUAUUGGCUUCAAAAAGUGAAAGUAUUUGGGUUCAAGCUCUGAAGGUUCUUGGAUACUUUCUGAAACAUUUAGGUCACAAGAGAAAAGUCGAAAUUAUGCACACCCACAGUCUCUUCACCCUUCUUGGAGAAAGGCUGAUGCUGCACACGAACACCGUGACUGUCACCACAUACAACACGCUUUAUGAGAUAUUGACAGAGCAAGUAUGUACUCAAGUUGUACACAAACCACACCCAGAGCCAGAUUCUACAGUGAAAAUUCAAAAUCCAAUGAUUCUUAAGGUGGUGGCAACUUUGUUAAAAAACUCUACACCAAGCGCAGAACUGAUGGAAGUUCGUCGUUUAUUUUUAUCUGACAUGAUAAAACUUUUCAGCAACAGCCGUGAAAAUAGAAGAUGUUUAUUGCAGUGUUCAGUGUGGCAGGAUUGGAUGUUUUCCCUUGGCUAUAUCAAUCCUAAACAUUCUGAAGAACAGAAGAUUACUGAGAUGGUCUAUAAUAUCUUCCGGAUUUUGUUGUAUCAUGCAAUAAAAUAUGAAUGGGGAGGCUGGAGAGUCUGGGUGGAUACACUGUCAAUAGCCCAUUCCAAGGUCACUUACGAAGCGCACAAGGAAUACCUGGCCAAGAUGUACGAGGAGUAUCAGAGACAGGAGGAGGAGAACAUUAAAAAGGGAAAGAAGGGGAACGUGAGCACCAUCUCUGGUCUUUCCUCUCAGACGACGGGGGCGAAGGGAGGGCUGGAGAUCCGAGAGAUCGAGGACCUCUCCCAAAGCCAGAGCCCAGAGAGCGAGACCGAUUACCCCGUGAGCACGGACGCCAGGGACCUGCUCAUGGCCACGAAGGUGGCGGACGGCAUCCUGGGGGGCGCCGAGCGGCCGGGCAGCGGCGUGCACGUGGAGGUGCACGACCUCCUGGUGGACAUCAAGGCGGAGAAGGUGGAAGCGACCGAGGUGAAGCUGGACGACAUGGACCUGUCGCCCGAGACGCUGGGGGGCGGGGGCGGCGCGGCGCUGGUGGAGGUGGACGCCCUGCUGGACAACGUGUACAGCGCUGCGGUGGAGAAGCUGCAGGGCGGCGUGCGCGGCGGCGGGGGCGGCGGCGGGGCCAAGAAGAGCGAGGAGAAGGACAACGGCCCGCUGAUCACCCUGGCGGACGAGAAGGACGAUCUCCCCGACGCCGGCUCCUCGUUCCUCUUCGAGAAGAUGCCCGAGCCGGAGGAGAAGCUCCUCCCCGAGCUCCCCACCAGUCACAUCAUCCCCAGCAUGCAGGGCCCGCAGCUGCACCUGGGGGUGAGCGACGACCUGGGGCUGCUGGCGCACAUGGCCGGCAGCGUGGACCUGGCCUGCUCGGGUGUCCUGCAGGACAAGGCGUUCAAGCUGCCGGCGGCCGCGGUGCGCGCGGCUGCGGAGGGAGAGCCGGCGCCCUGCCGCGGGGACUGCGACGCCCCCGACGCCGAGCCCUCGGGCGGCAAGGCGCCCAGCGUGGACGCGGGCAGUGUCAUCUCCGACACGGAGCGCUCGGACGACGGCAAAGAGUCCGGGAAGGAAAUCCGGAAAAUCCAGACCACGACCACCACGCAAGCCGUGCAGGGGCGGUGCGUCUCACAGCACGACCGGGACCUCCGCGUGGACCUGGGCUUCCGGGGCAUGCCGAUGAGCGAGGAGCAGCGGCGUCAGUUCAGCCCGGGCCCGCGCACCACCAUGUUCCGCAUCCCCGAGUUCAAGUGGUCCCCCAUGCACCAGCGGCUGCUCGCCGACCUGCUGUUCGCGCUGGAGACGGACGUGCACGUCUGGAGGAGCCAUUCCACAAAGUCUGUAAUGGAUUUUGUCAAUAGCAAUGAAAACAUUAUUUUUGUACAUAACACGAUUCACCUCAUUUCCCAAAUGGUAGACAACAUCAUCAUUGCUUGUGGAGGAAUUUUACCUUUGCUCUCUGCUGCUACGUCACCAACUGGUUCUAAGACGGAGCUGGAAAGCAUCGAAGUGGCACAAGGCAUGUCGGCCGAGACGGCGGCGACCUUCCUGGGCCGCCUGAUGGCCAUGGUCGACGUCCUCGUCUUCGCCAGCUCUCUGAACUUCAGUGAGAUCGAGGCGGAGAAGAACAUGUCCUCCGGGGGGCUGAUGCGCCAGUGCCUGAGGCUCGUGUGCUGCGUGGCCGUGCGGAGCUGCCUGCAGUGCCGGCAGAGGCAGCGGGACCGGGCGGCCAGGGCGGCCCCCGGCAGCGGCAGCGGCAGCGGCAGCAGCAAGCAGGACGCGCCCCCGGGGCUGGCCGCCGCCGCCUCCAAGAAUUCACUAGAAAAUGUUCCAGGUAACCUUUCUCCUAUCAAGGACCCUGACAGACUUCUCCAGGAUGUUGAUAUCAAUCGCCUCCGUGCUGUUGUCUUUCGGGACGUGGACGAUAGCAAGCAGGCACAGUUCUUAGCUCUAGCUGUUGUUUACUUCAUUUCGGUUCUGAUGGUUUCCAAGUAUCGUGACAUAUUAGAGCCCCAGCGAGAGACUGCGAGAACUGGAAGCCAACCAGGUAGAAACAUCAGACAGGAAAUAAAUUCACCAACAAGUACAGUUGUGGUCGUGCCGUCUGUCCCUCACCCAGCUUUGAACCAUGGAUUCCUCGCCAAGUUAAUUCCUGAGCAGAGCUUUGCCCACUCAUUUUACAAAGAAACGCCCGCCGCAUUUCCAGAGCCGGUGAAGGAGAAGGACGCGGCAGCCCCCGGGGAGGAGAUCCCGCUGGAAAGCCCCGGUCCUCACACCGACUCGGGCAUCGGGGAGGAGCAGGUGGCGGGCGUCCUGAACGGGGCCGAGCUGGAGCCGAGCCCCGGCCCCGACGCCAUGAGCGAGCUGCUGUCCACGCUGUCGUCCGAAGUGAAGAAGUCCCAGGAGAGCCUGACCGAGAGCCCCGGGGAGGGGCCGAGGCCCGCGCCGCCCGUCCCCAGCAUCAGCCAGAGCAAGGGCAUCAAUGUCAAGGAGAUCCUGAAGAGCCUGGUGGCCGCCCCCGUGGACCUCGCGGACUGCGGCCCGGACCCUGUCCCGUACCCCGACCCGGCCCUGAAGAGGGAGGCGCAGGCCAUGCUGCCCAUGCAGUUCCAUUCCUUCGACAGGAGCGUGGUGGUGCCGGUGAAGAAGCCGCCCGGCAGCCUAGCGGUGACCACGGUGGGGGCCCCGGCCGCGGGGGGCGGGCUGCCGGCCGGCAGCCCCGCUAAUGUAUUCGCUGCCACGGGAGCCACACCAAAAAGUAUGAUUAAUACAACAGGUGCAGUGGAUUCAGGGUCCUCCUCCUCCUCCUCCACCUCUAGUUUUGUGAACGGUGCUACCAGCAAAAACCUUCCAGCUGUGCAGACCGUGGCUCCCAUGCCCGAGGACUCGGCUGAGAACAUGAGCAUCACUGCAAAACUUGAAAGAGCUUUAGAAAAAGUUGCUCCUCUUCUUCGUGAAAUUUUUGUAGACUUUGCCCCAUUCCUAUCUCGUACACUUCUUGGCAGUCAUGGACAAGAGCUAUUGAUAGAAGGGCUCGUGUGCAUGAAGUCCAGCACUUCCGUGGUGGAGCUGGUCAUGCUGCUCUGCUCUCAGGAAUGGCAGAACUCCAUUCAGAAGAACGCAGGACUCGCGUUCAUCGAGCUCAUCAACGAAGGAAGGCUGCUGUGCCACGCCAUGAAGGACCACAUCGUCCGCGUCGCCAACGAGGCCGAGUUCAUCCUGAACAGGCAGCGGGCCGAGGACGUGCACAAGCACGCGGAGUUCGAGUCGCAGUGUGCCCAGUACGCCGCCGACCGGAGGGAGGAGGAGAAGAUGUGCGACCACCUCAUCAGCGCCGCCAAGCACCGCGACCACGUCACCGCCAACCAGCUGAAGCAGAAGAUCCUGAACAUCCUCACCAACAAGCACGGGGCGUGGGGGGCCGUCUCGCACAGCCAGCUGCACGACUUCUGGCGCCUGGAUUACUGGGAAGACGACCUGCGCCGGAGACGGCGGUUCGUGCGGAACGCCUUCGGCUGCACGCACGCCGAGGCCUUGCUCCGAGCGGCCGUGGAGUACGGCUCCGAGGACGACGUGGUGAAGUCCAAGAGAACCUUCCGGAGCCAGGCGAUGAUGAACCAGAACGCGGAGACCGAGCUGAUGCUGGAAGGGGACGACGACGCGGUCAGCCUGCUUCAGGAGAAGGAGAUCGACAACCUUGCAGGCCCCGUGGUGCUCAGCACGCCUGCCCAGCUCAUCGCUCCCGUGGUGGUGGCCAAAGGGACCCUCUCCAUCACCACGACCGAAAUCUACUUCGAGGUAGAUGAGGACGACCCUGCCUUCAAAAAGAUCGACGCGAAAGUCCUUGCCUACACUGAGGGCCUCCACGGAAAAUGGAUGUUCAGCGAGAUACGAGCUGUGUUCUCCAGACGAUAUCUUCUACAAAACACUGCCUUGGAAGUGUUUAUGGCAAACCGAACCUCAGUUAUGUUUAAUUUCCCUGAUCAAGCAACAGUGAAAAAAGUUGUCUAUAGCUUGCCUCGAGUGGGCGUAGGGACCAGCUAUGGUUUGCCACAAGCCAGGCGGAUAUCGCUGGCCACACCCCGGCAGCUCUAUAAGUCCUCCAACAUGACUCAGCGAUGGCAAAGACGGGAGAUCUCAAACUUUGAGUAUUUGAUGUUUCUUAAUACGAUAGCAGGACGGACGUACAAUGACCUGAACCAAUACCCCGUGUUUCCAUGGGUCCUAACAAACUAUGAGUCAGAAGAACUGGACUUGACUCUUCCAGGGAACUUCAGGGAUCUCUCAAAGCCCAUCGGCGCCCUGAACCCCAAGAGGGCCGUGUUCUACGCCGAGCGCUACGAGACGUGGGACGACGAGCAGAGCCCGCCCUUCCACUACAACAUGCACUACUCCACGGCCACGUCCACCCUGGCCUGGCUCGUCCGCAUCGAACCUUUCACAACCUUCUCCCUCAAUGCAAACGAUGGAAAAUUUGACCAUCCGGAUCGGACCUUCUCAUCCGUUGCAAGGUCUUGGAGAACUAGCCAGAGAGAUACUUCGGAUGUAAAGGAGCUGAUCCCCGAGUUCUAUUACCUGCCGGAGAUGUUCGUCAACAGCAACGGGUACAGCCUGGGCGUCAGGGACGACGACGUGGUGGUGAACGACGUCGACCUCCCCCCUUGGGCGAAGAAACCCGAGGACUUUGUCCGCAUCAACAGGAUGGCCCUGGAAAGUGAAUUUGUCUCCUGCCAACUCCACCAGUGGAUCGACCUUAUAUUUGGCUACAAGCAGCGAGGACCAGAAGCGGUUCGUGCUCUGAAUGUGUUUCACUACUUGACCUACGAGGGCUCUGUGAACCUGGACAGCGUCACGGACCCUGUGCUCAGGGAGGCCAUGGAGGCACAGAUCCAGAACUUCGGACAGACGCCCUCACAGCUGCUCAUCGAGCCCCACCCGCCCCGGAGCUCGGCCAUGCACCUGUGUUUCCUUCCACAGAGUCCGCUCAUGUUUAAAGAUCAGAUGCAGCAGGAUGUCAUCAUGGUGCUGAAGUUCCCGUCCAAUUCUCCGGUGACCCACGUGGCGGCCAACACACUGCCGCACCUGACCAUCCCCGCCGUGGUGACCGUGACCUGCAGCAGGCUGUUUGCGGUGAACCGGUGGCACAACACCGUAGGUCUCAGAGGAGCUCCGGGGUACUCCUUGGAUCAAGCCCACCAUCUCCCCAUUGAAAUGGACCCGCUCAUUGCCAACAACUCGGGUGUGAGCAGGCGGCAGAUCACAGACCUCGUGGACCAGAGCAUCCAGAUCAACGCGCACUGUUUCGUGGUCACGGCUGACAACCGCUACAUCCUCAUCUGUGGGUUCUGGGACAAGAGCUUCAGGGUGUAUUCCACAGAAACAGGGAAAUUAACUCAGAUUGUGUUUGGCCACUGGGAUGUGGUCACCUGCUUGGCCAGGUCAGAGUCGUACAUAGGUGGGGACUGCUACAUUGUGUCGGGGUCCCGGGACGCGACGCUGCUCCUCUGGUACUGGAGCGGGCGGCACCACAUCAUCGGAGACAACCCGAACAGCAGUGACUAUCCGGCGCCACGGGCCGUCCUCACGGGCCACGACCACGAAGUUGUCUGUGUUUCUGUCUGCGCAGAACUGGGACUUGUUAUCAGUGGUGCUAAAGAGGGCCCCUGCCUGGUCCACACCAUCACGGGGGACCUGCUGAGGGCGCUGGAAGGGCCGGAAAACUGCUCGUUCCCACGCCUGAUCUCCGUCUCCAGCGAGGGCCACUGCAUCAUAUACUACGAGCGAGGGCGCUUCAGCAACUUCAGCAUCAACGGGAAGCUUCUCGCUCAAAUGGAGAUCAAUGAUUCAACACGGGCCAUUCUGCUGAGCAGCGAUGGCCAGAACCUGGUGACCGGCGGGGACAGCGGCGUGGUGGAGGUCUGGCAGGCCUGCGACUUCAAGCAGCUCUACAUGUACCCCGGGUGCGACGCUGGCAUCCGAGCCAUGGAUCUGUCCCACGACCAGAGGACUCUGAUCACCGGCAUGGCUUCCGGCAGCAUUGUGGCUUUUAACAUCGAUUUUAACCGGUGGCAUUAUGAGCACCAGAACAGAUACUGAGGCCCGGCGGGGCCGCCAGCCAGGCGGGUGGGCGCAGUCUGCGUGGGAAGGCGGCUUGGGCUCGCCCAUCGCUCCUGCACUAGCUGUGCAUCGUCGUCAGCCUUUUCCUUUGUGUUCCCACGACCGAAUACCAGCUCUGCCAGCCAAGCUUCGAUCAUGUAAAUUAUAUGAAUUAGGACAUGUUUGGGUAAUUAUUUCAUACAUUGUUGUUCAUUGAGAAAAGGUAGGAGGGCGCACAAGAGACUUGGGACAACUCUGAGGACCCUUGUGUCCAGUGGUGACAAAGAGGAAGCUCGGAACCUAACCCUAACCCAUUUCCAGCCUCUUUUCAAGCUGAGAAAAAACGAAACAUGUUUGAUACUUUGUACAUCAGAUGCAUCUUAUUUAAAGGGAUACUUUUGUAAAAGUAAAACCUUGUAUAAAAGCCAACGUUUCUGAAUUGCACUGUGGCGCUGCAAGUGCGUGCUCACACCACGACAGCGAUCGCUCUGAGGACGCUGCUCUGCGAAACGGUGGGAUUUGAGCUCAAUCGGCAACUUUCGACAUUUUCACUAAAAUAUGAUUUGCACUUUUUAAUCUGAAUUUAUCCCUUCUAAGUGAAAUCUGCUCAUAAAGCAUUUGGAUACUAAGCCAUUAUUUGCCAUUCUUGGUAUUUCUACAAAGAAAAGUCAGCCCCACUCAUCAUAAUUUGAAGACACAGCAGAAAGGGGGCUUGGGGUGAGGUCUGGGUUUUUACUGUCUAAAUAGGAGUCACGGUCACUAGUUCCAUAGCAACGACUUCCCAGCUCCUGGGCAUUUCUUCCAGAGUCAUCCGCUGGCUUAGUGUGUGUGCAGUAGGGGAGGAAAGUCUGACGCUUUUUCGUUGUUGUUGUUGCUGUUUUGUUUUUCUCUUUGGUUCUUGAAUAGCUUAGUUUCUUUAAUAACAAGUCGAACUUAAUCAUAACAAUAACUAAAGUUGUCGUUUUAGGUUUCUGUAAAAUUCAAACCUAAAGCCACAUUCUUAGCCUAAGACACUUCCUCUUUUACGAUAUAAAAUUAUGGCUAUCAAAUGAUUUUCCAUACAUUGUGUUGAUCAAGUUGUACACCCAGGGGUAUAUCCAUUUAUUUAUGUUUCUUCUUUGUAUAUUUGGUGACUGUCAUAGAUGUACAUAUUGUGUCAGUAGGGCUAUGAGGCAUGUUACAGGAAUGUAAUUUUCUCAGAAUUUACACUCAUUUGCAGUCAUUUAUUUAAAAAGAUUAAACAAGAUAAUGGGUUCUUUCUAUUGGCACUUUGCACCAGAAACAUAUCAUUAUUUAUUGAUGUGAUUACUUCUUUGUUCUUCACCUGUACUAGUAAGUUUUAGCACCGAAUUCCUUCUUCAUUGUUGUUUGUAUUUAUGAGAUCCUGAAAUUCUGGGAAAUCGGCGUAAUGAUUAAGUUAUUCACCACCAGGCUGUAAGCAAUACCUUGCGUUUGGAGGAGGACACGGAACAUCUGGAAGACAAAUUCACUUCAUCUUGAGAUCAUGGUGAAAUAUUUUGGAUAUAUAAAUUCCUUAAGCUAUUGUAACCAUGUUUUAUUGCAAAGAUGUAAAAUAUGCCAGAUGUGUGUGAGUUGGAAAUCAACAAAUGAAAAAUAAAAUAUGCAAAGAAUUUA